UUCAUCCAUCAAGUUGUCUUUUUCUUUUCAGCCUUCCGCUUGGCCCUCAUCCAGCUUCAGGUUUCUUCCAUAAAAUCAAAUAACCUUAUUCGAGCUUGUGACCUUAUCCGGGAGGCAGCAACUCGAGGAGCCAAGAUCGUUUCUUUGCCCGAAUGUUUUAAUUCUCCAUAUGGCACAAAAUAUUUUCCUGAGUAUGCAGAAAAAAUUCCUGGUGAAUCAACACAGAAGCUUUCAGAAAUAGCAAAGGAGUGCAACAUAUAUCUCAUAGGAGGUUCCAUUCCUGAAGAAGAUGCUGGGAAAUUAUAUAACACCUGUGCUGUGUUUGGACCAGAUGGAAAUUUAUUGGUAAAGCAUAGAAAGAUCCAUUUGUUUGACAUUGACGUUCCUGGGAAAAUUACAUUUCAAGAAUCUAAAACACUGAGUCCUGGUGAUAGUUUCUCCACAUUUGAUACUCCUUACUGCAGAGUGGGCCUGGGCAUCUGCUAUGAUAUACGCUUUGCAGAACUUGCACAAAUUUAUGCACAGAGAGACUGUCAGCUGUUGGUGUAUCCUGGAGCUUUUAAUCUGACCACUGGACCAGCCCAUUGGGAAUUGCUCCAGAGAGGCCGGGCUGUUGAUAAUCAGGUAUAUGUGGCCACAGCUUCUCCUGCCCGGGAUGACAGAGCUUCCUACGUUGCCUGGGGACAUAGCACUGUGGUGUCUCCUUGGGGAGAGGUCCUUGCCAAGGCUGGCACCGAAGAAACAAUUGUGUAUUCAGACAUAGAUCUGAAGAAGUUGUCUGAAAUUCGCCAGCAAAUUCCCAUUUAUAGCCAGAAGCGCUCAGACCUCUACGCAGUGGAGGCAAAAAAACCCUAAGGUUUAUGCUUCUGACGUACCAUUAACUAAGAAAAUGAUUCCUCAGUGAAAGUUCCUGCUUAAUUUUUUAAUGAGGUUUUCUUUUUAAAUUGUGCCUUUCAUCUUCCUGGGCAUCAUGUAUCGAGGUGCAGAAGCAUCAGGGUGCUACUGUUUUUUGGGCCCUGUUCUCCAGUGGAAAAGGCUGUAAGCCAGCAGGGCACUGAAGAGCAGCCAGAGGAGGAAGGCUGUUAGCUGCUUCAGAUCAGUUGAUUAAAAAGCACCAGCAGA